CUCACAGCGGCGCGCAUUCGGGGUGCGCGCUCGACUAUCAGAGCCCGAGACAGUUCAUUUAUGAUCCGCUUCUUCACUCGGCUCCUUCUCAACGGAUUACUACACGGUGGCGCUGUGUUUGAAGAUGGCGGCUCCCAGCUUGUGUCGUCUCUUAGUUCUGCUCUUCUUCACACUGUCCCACACUUCGUACAGCUCUGAAAUCCCUUCUGAAAAUAGCAAACGGAGCCUGACCACCUCUGACUCCAAGCAAGACCAUGACACGGGACUUCUAAGCAGCAGUCAACGACGGAGACACUCGUCACGUAAAGACAGGGAUAGUGCUGGGUUUCACUCUCAAAGGCCGCUGGAUCGACCGGAGGAUGAUGGGACGAGCUUGGAGGGUCUGAGCCCUGUAAGGCUGGAGAUGGGGCCUGAGAACAGUAUGAGGAUGGAGGGUCAUGAUGAGGUCAGGCGUCCUGCUCAUAUGCGGCGGGGAAAUCAUCCACUGGAGGGAGAGUUCAAUCGUAAAGGCAGGAGACAUGGUCAUGGACAUCUGGCUGAGCACAGAAAGCAGGGAGGCAAAAGAGAUAAAAGUCGAAGUAAAGGGGAUCUCUAUGACCCUGAACCAGAAUUAGGCUCCUUGUUGAAGGAUAUGAAUGCAUUUGAGGAUGGUUUAUACACGUCCCCACCCAAUCACGACGGUGCCCCGCUCACUGAAGCUCCCUCCCCUCUCUUCCCCAUUUUGGUAACCACGGCAAUCAACGAGCAUCCCCCAACACUGUCCCCAGCCUCCACCAAACCCCAGAAGUCAGGCAGAGGGAAGACUCAAGGGGAGGUGAUGCCGACUCUGGACAUGACACUCUUUGACUGGACUGAUUAUGAGGAUAUGAAGCCCGUAGACACUUGGCCAUCCAACAAAAAAAAAGAUAAGCGUCGUGGCAAAAACAAGAGCAAUGGGAACACGACGCUUGAUGCUGAUGCUAUUGAACCAUGUGACCAUCAUCUCGACUGCCUUCCUGGUUCCUGUUGUGACCUCAGAGAACACGAGUGCAAACCUCACAACCGCGGCCUGAACAACAAGUGUUACGAUGACUGCAUGUGUGAGGAAGGGCUGCGCUGUUAUGCCAAGUUCCACCGCAAGCGGAGGGUGACCCGAAGACGUGGCCGCUGUGUGGAACCAGAAUCAGCCAACAGCAACCAAGGAGCCUUCAUCACCAUCUGACAUAUAGAAAUGUAGAAACAGAGACAAAGAGAAACGAGAGACCACAUCCUCAAACCCCAUGACUGAUGGUGGACUGAGUUUUGAGAACGUCCUCAGCCCACAGUAUCAUUGUACAUACUCAGAUCAUCUGUCUGUCAGGGUUGCGCACAAUUACAUGUUGAUGGCUUUUUUAAUUCUUGAAUCUGAAUUGGAAGUGUAAUUUUAGAAUUUUAUUUUUCAGUUUGAAUUAACUUUGAACCUUAUCACACACACAACACAACACAGGGGAUAUUUCAAGAAACACUAGAAGAUAUUAAUAAUAACAUUUUGUAGUGCCACCUAUUAAAAUUAGUCUGUAAUUUGUGAUUUCAUUAAAUAUAAUCAAAUUACAUUUUUUAAAUAUACUUUUAUUACUAUUACACUUGUGUGUUUACACCUCAAUAUAUUAUGUUAUAUGUAAUAAUACAUAUAUAUUAUGUAACUUGUAUAAUAAGUUUUUUUAUUUUUUAUGAAGUAAUUAGGAAAAUUAAGCAAAAUGUGUGACCCUGGACCACAAAACCAGUCAAUUUUUUUAAAUGUAUACAUCACCCUUUCCAUUGAUGUAUGGUUUGUUAUGAUAGGACAAUAUUUGGCCGAGAUACAACUAUUUGAAUAUCUGGAAUCUGAGGGUGCAAAAAAAAGUUCCUAGCAAUGCAUAUUACUAAUCAAAAAUUAAGUUUGGAUAUAUUUAUGGUAGGAAAUUUACAAAAUAUCUAUAUGAUCUUUACUUAAUAUCCUAAUGAUUUUUGGCAUAAAAGAAAAAUCUAGCAUUUUGACCCAUACAAUGUAUUUUUGGCUAUUGCUACAAAUAUACCCGUGCUACUUAAGACUGGUUUUGUGAUCCAGGGUCACAUUUGUGGCUCUACCUAGAAUUUUGCAAAAAAACAAAAGGCAGUAAAAUGGCAACACAUUUUAUUAAUUGUUAAAUAAAUGUUGAUUAUAAUAUGGGAACAUAUUAUCCAUUAAUAAACAGUUAUUUUUGUGUAGUUCCUUGCACAUAUUAUGACAUAAUUUCAGAAUGUUUUUACCAUAGCACAUGAUUUGUAAACAAAUAUAUUUUUACAUUGGCAUCAUAUAACCAGCUCCAUAUGUAUGGCUUUUUUAGUGUAGUAAACUUGCUCGGUAGCUCUUAGUAUUUGGAGUAUCGUAAAAUACAUAUCAGGGAUUUCAUAUGCAUAAUUAUUCAAUUAUAGUGAUCAGAUUUAUAUUUUCAAUUACAGUUCAAUCAAUUCCUCUUUAUCAUUCAAUUCCAAUUCACCAGAUUAAUUUCACAGUUCACACUUAUGCAUUGAAAGAAAGCCGAUUCUUGAAUUUUGCCCAACCCUGCUGUUUGUGAAAAGUUGCAUUUUAAUUUCGUACAGAUUCUUUUGUGUCUGAACGGAAGGCUUUUUUCUACUGAUUAAUGUUAUACUACUGUCAAUAACUACUGCUACUCCUGUAUUCUAAUGGAUAUUGAUUUGUUUGAUUUAUUUGUAAUAUAUGCUUUAUUUAUUCUAGUACCCAACAGCUUUCUUUAUUGAGAGAUGUUAUCAUGGACAGGAAAUGUGCUGUUUUUUAACGACUGUGUGUUCUGACAGAAAGAUGGAUGGGUGAAUGAGUGAUUGUUACCUGCAUGGGUUAUGGGGAUAGAGAUGGACAGAGGAGAUUGAGCGAGAGAUGGAUGACUUGUCAGUUUAAAUCACUGAGCUUUUUAUGGUCUGACACACCUCUGUGUCCCAUCACUGUCUUGAUUUAACUGUUUAAUAGACUUUUAUGUUAGUGGGGCUGUAGAUAUGCUUUAGUCUUUGUAAAGUCCUUUCUGCCACCUUGUUUUCAGCUUGAGAUUUCUCAAGCUGCAUAAAUCGUUGAUUAUUUUUAACUGAUAUACCAGAAAUAAACUUCACUAAGGACACUAGAA